GCCUAGCGCCGCCGGUCACGUGGUUUCCUCCUAGGGCAGCUGGCAGGAGACAGCGCGCGCGCAGGGUGUCAGAUCUAUCCAUAUGCAAAUUGCACAAAGAUGGACAGUGAGGUGCAGAGGGAUGGAAGAAUCCUGGAUUUGAUUGAUGAUGCAUGGAGAGAAGAUAAAUUACCCUAUGAGGAUGUAGCAAUACCGUUGAAUGAGCUUCCUGAACCAGAACAAGAUAAUGGCGGCACAACGGAGUCAGUAAAAGAACAAGAAAUGAAAUGGACAGACUUGGCUUUACAAUAUUUGCAUGAAAAUGUUCCCCCAACAGGAAACUAGAGAAUCAGUGUUAUUUCAUGGAAUGAUUUCCAAUACAAGAAGAUGUUUUCCAGCAUAUCUUCACCAUCUCCUGUCCAACUGCUUAAGGAGGAGUCAAAACCUUUAAAAACCUUCUAGUCUCAAACAGCUGCUCUACUCCACAAAAGCAAAAUACAGUUUAAAAGGCCCCAUGUAACCAAUGUAAAAUAACUGACAUCCUAAAGCUGUGGGGAGAUAGAGUGCUUUUUCACUUACACAAAAGCAUUUGGAGUCCUGUUGUGUUGACAACUUCUUUACAAGUUCAUCUUAAUUGUCUUUUGCAUAUGAUCAAAGAGGUAGUUAUCACUACCUGAAAGCUGAUCAUUGAUCUCAGAAGUGAUUUGGUGAAUAUUUGUGGUUGCUUUGAUGUUUUAUAGACCCAAAGCUAUUCUUUUAUGGUUUGGUGCUACUGUUAGUUGCUCGGGUUUUGCACCAUGGUCUCUAUGAACCAACUUUUACUGCCUUUAACUUGCCUGUGACACAGGAAGGUUGUUUGGGACAGAGAGAAAGGUUAAUGAACAGGAUUAAGGGACUGAAAUUUGUAAACACAAAUGAGACUGGGAAAGAAGUUCUUUAUAAAGUAAGCAGUCUUGGAAUUUGCCUAUUCUGGUUGGAGCACAUUCCCAACACGGACAUCCUGUAGUCUGUUUACUAACCAGCAUACUGUAAAAGAACAAUUUAUAUUAAAAGGCUUUGUUAGUGGUGACUCAAAGUAAUUGAGUCACCACCUUUUAUGUAUGUUUGUGAAUUACGUGGAAAGUAUUGCUGACCUCAAUCCAAUUCCCGUGAACGGGUGUCCACACCAUUAACAGUCUCAGAUAGGAGACAGAGUAAAUUGUCAUCUCAGCCAUGGAGAUGUUGCCUGCAGCAAAGGAUGGAGACAUGUUUAUUUUAAAACAUGGUCAUUGAGAUAAGCAGCUGAAAUGCCCAUUGAAAUCAAUAAGAGUUGCAACUGCUUACUCCAGGGUUUAAUUUGGCUCAUGAGAGCCAUCAUCUUGCUUGCAUGAGAAUACCAGUCAACAAUAGGCAUACAUUUAACAUUAUCAGAUAGAUACAUAUACAAUAGAUACAUAUACAAUUAAAACUGAUAUUACAUACAAAAACUACAUUAAGAGAAUGUUAUAGUUGCAAAGUCAAACAUGUGAAAGUUAGGAAAUACCAGAAUAAAGGUUCUGUGUAACCUUAAUUCUACCCCCCUUUGCAUACUUAUUAUGAAUGUUCUUGUACUACUUUUUCUACAGGUCCCCACCUCAUUCAGUGCACAGAAUCGACAGGGCACCAGGAUUGAACUAGGGUUGUGCAGCUUGCCCCAAAUGCAGUGAUUCAUAGGAGUCGUCCUCAUGACUAAUGUUGCUCAGGAACUACAGCAAUGCAUGCAUUGGCUACUCUGACAAUACAGUACCCUUUCCCCAACCACCUUUUAUCCACCAAUGGGGCUAUGCUGGCAGGCCCCCUGGUGGAGGGGAAUUUGUAGGUAACUUGUGCCAUUGCAACUGCCUUCUAGACAGACUUUCUGCUUCUGGGCACAGUCUGUACCUGUGUAACCUAGAUUUACUCUAUCCCAUAAUGUAAUUUCUUCAUAUUCUGCUGUAGCAAAUACACUGAGUCUUGGCCCUGCUGAAAUGAAAUAUUUUCUCUUGGCUAGAAACUUUAACCUAAUUUAAAUAUGAAGAUGUAAGAAUG